AAAACGUUGCAGUAGUCAUGUGGAGAUCUUUUUCCCUCUUCUCUGACAGCUGUCCUACAUGGGUCUGAACCGACUGAACGACGGGGAGGACGAGCAGCCAAUCGGAGAAGCUAUUGGCUACCUGCCUCCGGAUGCUUGGCACAAAGUGGCCCAGAGAGCAGAGAGCUGUUUCAGGGCAGCCCCCUCCUUCCACUACAUGAUGGGCUCGUUCCAUGCAGAGCCGCCUCCUCCAAAGCAAAGGAUAGAGCGGCAGAGGAAGGCCCCCGGAAAAGAAGUCAAAAGGAUAAUGCCUACUCAGCUGAAGAAAAUGGGAGGCUCCCAUCAAGAAGCGACAGAGAAAGAGGUGGAGAGGAUCCUGGGAUACCUGAAGACGUAUUACCAAGAUGAUCCAACAUCCCCAAUAUCCUAUUACGAGUUUGUCAUCGACCCCAAGUCGUUUUCCCGGACAGUUGAGAACAUUUUCCACACGUCCUUUCUCGUCAGGGAUGGGCUGGCUAGGAUGUAUUUAGAUAAUUACAAAUUACCUUGUAUAGCUCCAGUGGAGGAGGGAGAGGUGGAAGCUGGAGGAUCAAGCAUCCGUAAACAGUGCAUUGUCUCCAUCAGCCCAAAGCGAUGGAAGGAACUUAUAGGGGCCUACGACAUCAGGGACACAAUGAUCGAUCCUUCAAACAUGCAGCCUGAGUGAUGGACCCUGCCGCCUUUUUUUGUUGUUGAAUUGUUCGAAACGUCCAGCAGUUACUUAUUUCUGUUGAACACAUUGAUUUAAUCUGAGUUUUUUACUGUUUUAAAAGUUUGAAUAAUAAAAGGAAAAAAAGGAGAAA